UAUUCGGAAGCAACUUUGACCCAAAAAGAUAUAUAAUUCAUUUUAAAGAAAAAAUGAAAAGCAAAAGAAGCUAAGAAAAGCCUUUUAUAAUCCCCCGCGAGACCCAAAGAUCUCAACAAUCUCUCUCCCCUCAUCCACACAGUGUAUGAUUCCGUUUCACUAUCAGAGAGAGCUUCUUUAGAGUUUGUUACAACUGAGUCGAGAUAAAUGAGCGAACUCGAACCGGGAACGAGUCAGAUGACGACGACGACGGAGACGCACCGCACGACGACGACGUUUCUUGACUUGCUCCGGCGCCAGAUGAGCGGUGUGGAUCGCACAAGGAGGAAGCGGACUCUCAAAGAACGGCUGAGAUUCAAAUGCAUCGGAUGCUGUGGGCCCAUCAGGAGUCUCCAUCGUCAGCCCAACAACACUGCAACUACUCUCCACAGCCCAACAACAACCUCUAGGAGCGAAGACGAACUCGAAGAAGAGCAAACCGAAGCCCGAUUCGCUCCCGGGUCGGGUUCGGGUAUGAACCUCGCGACGGCGUUAGAGGCGGAGAGAUAUCAUCCGGCGGAGGCUGACAUGACGCCGACGAGAGUGUCGUUGAUGAGGUUGCUGGACGAGACGGCGGAGAGAGCGGUUGAUGACGGAAGGGAGACGGAGAUAUCGACGGCGUUAGCUGCGGGGAGUGAUACGGUGUGCUGCGUGUGUAUGGGAAGAAAGAGAGGCGCUGCGUUUAUCCCAUGUGGACACACUUUUUGCAGAGUUUGCUCCAGAGAGCUGUGGCUGAACCGGGGCUCGUGUCCUCUUUGUAACCGUCCGAUCAGUGAGAUUCUUGACAUAUUUUGAAACGACCGACGGCUUAAAGUUACUCGAUGAAUGUGACUAUACAUUUGAGUGUGAUGGGCGUCGAGACAAAGUUUUAUUACGGUUUGUACUUUGUUCGUUUCUUUUGUUCAUGAGAAAGCUGAUGUAAAUGCGAGAGAAAUACAAGAGAUUUCACAAGGCCCAUUAAAUCAAAAUCAAAAGCCCAAUAAUAUGUCAUAGUGUUCUGCUUAUGUUAGAA